AUGACUGAAUUUCACAUCGGAGAUCAUUCAGUUCAGUUUGACGGUUUCUUGGUCGCACGUUACCUGAUUGUCAGCCUGAUCCCAUUCACUGUCCAGACACAAUGCAUCGUGACCAAUCCAAGCUUGAAUGCAACCCUACCGUAUUGGAGUAUGCGAGCUUUUCCCAAUCUGAUCUACGCUUACGGUUUCCCGGUGGAUUACAUUGGAGGGAUUUUGUCCACUGUGUAUAUUCGUGAAGUAGAUUGUCGCCUGGAAGACAGACAUACACGAAAGUGUAUGCACCGUGUGAUCCCACAGUAUUGUCACUUUGAUCUCAAGCAAUUAGCCACACUUCGUGAUCAGUCGAUCGUUGUGAAUGAAACAUGUCCAUUCUCAAUCCGGUCCAGCAUUCAGGGUGCAGCGAAAUCGGUUCCAAUAGAACGUCGCAUGCUUAUGAUUGAACCAGCCCCGCAAACGAAACCACCACAGUCCAAAUAUGAGCUGCUUCUGACCCGAGUGAAGACAUUUUUUGAAGAGUGUGGUAAAUGUAGACACUUGGAAAAUGUGGCUGGGACGAUCAUUUGCCGAUACACGUCUUAUAUGGAUUUAUUUCGAGAGAAACAACUGGAAGCAGAUGAAAUCAGUUGGGACAUAUCGGAGAAAGUGGUCUUGAGUAAGUUGAACAAGCGUCUCCUGAGAAAGCUCAGUAGGAUGUUGCACAAAUAA